CAGGUGUGUGCGUGCGGACAGGACUUAGGAGGCGGGGCAUGUGGGCUACCUGCAGCAGGUAGUUUCGGGUUUCCUGCAGCUCGUUUCUCCCUGCUGUUCAGUGAGGAUGGUUCUCUGCUGCUGAUCCGGACUUCUGCUGAGACCUCCUCAGAUGUCCUCAGACGGACAGUUUUCCCAAACUGAACUCAUCAAGCAGCAGGUAGAUUAAAGGGUGAUGCAAUGAUGCCUGGACUAAACCCUCCUUCCUCGGAACGCCACGGAUACACUCUCUGCAGCCUUGAUAACGGCAACGUUGAACAUGGAGAGGAAGCCAUGGAUCCAGAGCUGCUUCUGGAUCUGAUCCAGCACCCUUUUAUUUCCAGUUCUUCUCCAUUGGAGGACAAGAUGUAUCGAAUGGACAGCAGCUGGAACCAAGAUGGAGACCAGCUGAGAUGUGGGCCGCUGGAAAGAAAAUGGGUUCUCUGGCACGAGUUUAUGAAGGAACAUGCCCACCUAGAUGCCUGGCUGCGAUUGGCUGAGCAGGCCCUCAUCACUUUCAACCUUGCCAAUAUAACCUACAGUACCUCCAAAGAGGAGCUGAGGAAGUUUGAGAGGUUGCGGUGUGAGGCUGGAUCUCAGCUCAUCCAGCUGGACAGCCUGACCCGAAGGAACCGCACCUUGACCCGGCUCUUUCAGGGCACCAUGCAGGCUCGGCUGCAGGGGUCGGCUCAGGAAUGUGGCCAACGAUUGGACGUUGUGAACUCCAAACUGGAAACGAUUGCAGGACAACUGCAGCUCUUUGUCUCAGAGUGGGAGGAGUUUGAAGCAGAGAGGGAGGAGCUUGCGCUCUGGUUGGCUGACUUGGAUGCUCAUCUAACACAGAUAGAUCACAUGACUGGCAACAACUGCGAGAAGCUGAGACAGCUUCAGUCCUUCCAGCAGUCUGUGUGCGAGAACUCGGGUCGUGUGAACGACCUGCUGCAGCGCGGUGAGGAGCUCAUCCAGCGCAGCGAGUCGGCUGAUGCUCAGCAUGUGGAGAGCCGCCUGCUGGAGCUGCUGCGUCGCUGCAGCCACGUCUACAACAACAUCGCACGGACACACACUCGGCUCCUCAGCAUGAGACUGGUCUUUGAAGAUGACUGGAUGCUGUCCCAGGCUAGAGAUUCCGGGUGUCCCUCAGAAUCUGUGCAUGAAGACAGAGUUUUGGAGAAAUACGACCUGGACCUCCCUUCAGUUUCAUCCCAUCUCAGAGAUUUCAGACAGUCAGUGAAUCCAGCACCAACCCUCCUCUCCCAUCGACCCUCACCACCUCCGCCCUCUCCUUCCCAUGACAACAUGGGACUGGAGUGGGACCCCUCGGUGGACAUUGGCCGCUCGGUCUCUCAUGAUGAUGCAGACUCUUCGUACUUCAGUGCCUGCACAGGUGUGUGUCAAAGAGAGGGAACCAAGAGGUGGAGCUACCUCAGCUCCUUUGACUCUCGCUCUGACAUCAGCACUGACAUCACAAACCAGGAAGCAGCUCUGGGUCCACAGGACGGGCUGGACCAAACAGAACCUGGUUUGUUCUCACCUGUCAUCACCAGUCGGGAAGAGGACCAAUGGAACACCUCAACUCCUGAAGAAGACGCGAACGAGCCAAUGAGGUUUGACGGAGGGCGUGUCAAGGCGUGGCUGAGGGUCCAGAGCUCCGCCCCUUCACAGAACACUGCUUCCUGUUCCAGAGCAGCGCAGACCGAUGGAGACGUGAAGUACCAUGAGGACGGACUCCACAGUGAUGUAGUGAACCAGUCAUAUCUUCAUCCCAACAGUCGGCGUUGUCAUGAAAACGCACAGCAUCCUCUUCCUGUCCCGUCUGAAUUAUCCCUGGACCUGGAAGGAAAAGCUUUUGCUGAUUACGUGACACAGCUUCAGAAGUCAGUUGUGCAGGAUGAAGAUGAGUUGUCCUGCUGUGAAGAAACGGAGUUGCUUCUCUCUGAGCAGAGUCACACCUCUGACAGCGGACCCUCCUCCUCCUCUUCAUCAGCGCUCCUCUACCUGCUGCUGGCUGUGGUACUUGCUCUUCUGGCCAGCCUGAUCUGGGUUGCCAUGGAGCCUCCGUGUCACCGUAGCAACAGGAUGCCACGGUCCCUCCACCUGACUCUUAACUACGUCAACGGACCACCGCCGACCUGAAGCCCAGUCAGGUGUUCUCCAGGUCAAAGGUCAUCUCUCCGGAUCAGACAGGAGGUCUUAAACUGAAAACCACUCAGCUGGGUUCCUCUUCAUCAGUCAGAUUCAACAUCUCAACAAGUUCUCCUUCUGAUGAUCCAUUCCGAUCCGUACAAAACUAAACUCUUUCCUUUUAGUUUCCAGCAGUUUGUGUUUGAUCUUCACAAAGCGGCGUCGGUCCGGCUCGUUAAUUUCUGAUUUAGAUGCAACUUUUCUGCCGCUUUCCUGUUGCAGUUUGAACCCAAAGAUCCAAACUUGGCAGCUGAAACAUGUUUCAUCACACUUUUACAAAAUAGCUGCACCUGCAAGAUGAUUUCAUCUCGGAUCAUGUGGUUCUUCACGUCUGCAGGUUCCUGAAUAAGAUCUCCAUCAUGACCACGUUUCUGUACUCUUUAACUGAGCCACAUUUAAAAACAGUGAGCUGGAUUUUACAGAUGUCCAGUAGGGAAAAUCUGCCUCAAAGCUUCAUGGAACAAAUCGCAGAGGGAAGAUAGCUGAGUCAGUGUGUAUGGAAGGAACCCGAUGUCCUGCAGGAUCUGAGUCCAUUUAUGUCUUCAGGGAAAAACAUCUGAAUCCAUGUUUUUCUCCAUCACCCAGACAGAGAAAACUUUCAGGCGUUGAUCCGCACGGUCUGUAGGUUCAGAAUAAUUAAAUAUUCUUUAAUAUUGUUCUCCUGUAAUGCAGCUGAAGCUGCUGUCUGAAAUUUAGGACGGAGGGGGUUAAAAGUUGAGUUUUAGAGACAUCCCUAAAACCGUGACUGCUUUGGUCUUUCGACUGAACACGGAAGUCUUUCAGGUUCUGAGUGACCCAGUUUGAAUAUAUAACCAUUCUUUCUGGUCCCUUUUCAUGAAGAUAUUUACCUUCUGAGCUAACAUUAAUGUAAAAAUGCAGCAAAUGGAAGUAUUUUGUAUUGAAUCGCUAAUUGUUGAGUCAUGAUGAAGGUUUGAUGAUUGAUGUUAAAGCGGGUAGUUGAGCAGCAGAUCGGUCCGCAGAGACCGGAGACUUGAGCCGCUGAAAGCUUUUAAACCCGGACGUGUUCGUUCGGAUCUUUUGGCUCUGAAUCCGAUGGGAUGUGAAUCGGAAACAUGAAUUCCUGAUUGUUUUUCUUCCUGCGAGUUUUCCAACUGUGCCUUUAAACCCUCCCUGUGUUGUUGAAGGUAUCUCUGAAACGGAUCUAAUUGUUGGAAAUUUCUGUUUCAGUGUUUUCAUUUAUGUUUUCUUUCCUUUUUUUCUCAAAUCUGACUGUUUGAAUUUGAAAUAUUCCAAGAAUUGAAUUUGUCUCAGGGAAAGAUCUCCGUCCAGAUUCCCAAAAAAAGUCAAUUUCAGGAAGAUUCAAAUAUUUACUAAAGAUGAAUAAAAAUUGUGAUUUUUUCUUUUUUUUUAAACCAUUGAAACAUUUUGAA